UGCAUUCUGGGUUCAACCCAAGAUGGCUGCGCCCUUGUAGAAGUGCUGAAGAAGUGCCUCUUCGGAGAAAUUCCCGGAAUUAUUUGAGAUUUCCUCGAAGACCGUCGCUCGGAGCCGACUACCAGGGCCGCUGCUACGUAGAAGGAGUCCACGCGAGCCCAGUCAUUGAUAAGUGCGGCCGCCGUUACGUGUGGCUGUGGCAGACUGUCCGUGUGAAGAUGGGCCUCGCCUGCAGCCCCUUCCCAUAGCGAAGAGCCGUGGGGAGAGGAGCCGCAGAUUCCCCUGCAAACACGCGCCCGUGCAGCUCGGAUUUGACGGCUUUGACUUACUCUACAGGCUCUGGACGCUGCCCUACAAUUUGCUGACCAGGAUUGUGUGUGCGACCGUGUCUGUCAUUGUCCGGAGAAGGAGAGCUUCCACAGCCCGGGCUGAUAAUCCCACCGCACCAAGGGCCCUGAUGAAAAUGGACUCAGACUUGCUUCAUUCACCGGCCGUGGGCCUCGCUGAGGAAGAGGAGGCCGAUAUGAAUGACUGGAAACUUCCCUUGGCCUUCAUGAAGAAGAGGCACUCAGAGAAGAUUGAGGGCUCCAAGGCCCUGGCGCAGAGCUGGCGGAUGAAGGACAGGAUGAAGACUGUGAGCGUGGCGCUGGUGCUGUGCCUCAACGUGGGAGUGGACCCACCCGAUGUGGUCAAGACCUCCCCCUGCGCCAGACUGGAGUGCUGGAUAGAUCCUCUGUCGAUGAGUCCACAGAAGGCCCUGGAGACCAUCGGGGCCAACCUGCAGAAGCAGUAUGAAAACUGGCAGCCCAGGGCCCGUUACAAGCAGAGUCUGGACCCCACGGUGGAUGAAGUGAAGAAACUGUGCACGUCACUCAGACGCAAUGCCAAGGAAGAACGAGUCCUCUUCCACUACAACGGCCACGGCGUGCCACGACCUACCGUCAAUGGAGAGAUCUGGGUUUUUAAUAAGAACUACACCCAGUACAUCCCGCUGUCCAUCUACGACCUGCAGACGUGGAUGGGGAGCCCGUCCAUUUUUGUGUACGACUGCUCCAACGCGGGAAUCAUCGUCAAGUCGUUCAAACAGUUUGCCCUGCAGAGAGAGCAGGAGCUGGAGGUGGCAGCCAUCAACCCCAGCCACCCGCUUGCCCAAAUGCCCCUGCCGCCCUCCAUGAAGAACUGCAUCCAGCUUGCCGCCUGUGAGGCCAGUGAGCUGCUGCCCAUGAACCCUGACCUCCCCGCUGACCUCUUUACAUCCUGUCUCACUACGCCCAUCAAGAUCGCCCUACGUUGGUUUUGUAUGCAGAAGAGUGCCAAGUUGGUGCCAGGGGUGACGUUAGACCUCAUUGAGAAGAUCCCUGGCAGGCUCAAUGACAGACGCACUCCCCUCGGAGAGCUCAACUGGAUCUUCACAGCCAUCACCGACACGAUCGCCUGGAAUGUUCUGCCUAGAGAUUUGUUCCAGAAGUUGUUUCGUCAGGACCUGCUGGUGGCCAGCUUGUUUCGCAAUUUUCUGUUAGCAGAGAGGAUAAUGAGGUCAUACAACUGCACACCAGUCAGCAGCCCCCGCCUGCCCCCUACAUACAUGCACGCCAUGUGGCAAGCGUGGGACCUGGCCGUGGACAUAUGCCUCUCUCAGCUGCCCACCAUCAUCGAGGAGGGCACCGCCUUCAGACACAGUCCUUUCUUCGCAGAGCAGCUGACAGCGUUUCAGGUGUGGUUGACGAUGGGCGUAGAGAACAGAAACCCACCUGAGCAGCUCCCAAUUGUACUGCAGGUCCUCCUGAGUCAGGUGCACCGGCUGCGUGCUCUGGACCUGCUCGGACGGUUUCUGGAUUUGGGACCCUGGGCCGUCAGUCUGGCCUUGUCCGUGGGGAUCUUCCCCUACGUGUUAAAGCUGCUUCAGAGCUCAGCCAGAGAGCUGCGGCCGCUGCUGGUUUUCAUCUGGGCUAAAAUCCUCGCUGUGGACAGCUCAUGUCAAGCUGACCUGGUGAAAGACAAUGGGCACAAGUACUUCCUGUCAGUGUUGGCUGACAAUUACAUGCCUGCUGAGCAUCGGACCAUGGCUGUCUUCAUUUUAGCUGUUAUAGUGAACAACUAUACCACAGGGCAGGAGGCCUGUCUGCAGGGCAACCUGAUAGCAAACUGCCUGGAGCAGCUGUCAGACCCCCAUCCCUUGCUCCGCCAGUGGGUGGCUAUUUGCCUGGGACGCAUCUGGCAGAACUUUGACCCGGCGCGUUGGUGCGGGGUUCGCGACAGCGCCCACGAGAAGCUCUACACUCUGCUUUCAGAUCCCAUUCCAGAGGUGAGGUGUGCAGCUGUCUUUGCUUUGGGGACGUUUGUGGGGAACUCUGCUGAGCGGACGGACCACUCCACCACCAUCGACCACAACGUGGCCAUGAUGCUGGCCCAGCUCAUCAACGAUGGCAGCCCUGUGGUCCGAAAGGUCGCUACAACACGCAGACAGACACUNGUCGUCCAAUAUGAGAGCAACUUCUGCACUGUUGCCCUCCAGUUUAUUGAGGAAGAGAAGAACUACUCCGUGCCGUCACCGGCCAACACCGCGGAGCCCGGUAACCUGACUCCAGUGAGGGACAGCCCGGCCAUCCCUCGCUUACGAUCAGUCAACUCCUACACCAACAUCCGAACUGCUACCACUGCCCGCAACCUGAACAAAAGUCUGCAAAACCUCAACCUCAAUGAAGAGGGUGGACCAGCAGCCUUCUCUCCCGGUAACUUGAGCACCAGCAGCAGUGCCAGCAGCACCCUGGGGAGUCCUGACAACGACGAGUACAUCCUCUCUUUUGAAACCAUCGACAAAAUGCGACGGGUGUCCUCGUAUUCUUCUCUGAACUCCCUCAUAGGCGUGUCCUUCAACAGCGUUUACACUCAGAUCUGGAGAGUGCUGCUUCAUCUGGCUGCAGACCCUUUUCCUGAAGUGUCAGAUCUGGCCAUGAAGGUCCUCAAUAGCAUAGCAUACAAGGCUAUGAUGAAUGCCAGACCUCAGAGGAUCCUGGACUCAGGAUCGCUCACCCAGUCGGCCCCGGCCAGCCCCACCAGCAAGGGCACGCACAUACACCAGGCUGGUGGUUCUCCACCAAUGCCCAGCACCAGCAGUUCCAGUCUGACCAACGAUGUUCCCAAACCCCCCACCAGGGAGCAGCCGGCCACACGACCGCCUUACACCCCAACGCUGGGAGGACAGGCGCCCCACUCACACCAGUUUACCCGCACUCGCAAAAUGUUCGACAAGGGACCCGAGCAGGCAGCUGAAGACAGCGAUGAACCAGGUGGUCACAGGAACUACAUCAGUCCGGCCCUCCAGACAGGCUUGUGCGACUGGAGCGCCAAGUAUUUUGCUCAGCCUGUCAUGAAGAUCCCCGAGGAGCACGACCUGGAGAGUCAGGUGAGGUUGGAGCGUCAGUGGAGGUUUCUGAGAAAUGCUCGCGUAAGAAGGCAGAGUCGAAGCAUCAUACAAAGAGGUAUUUCUCGUCUGGAUGAUCAAAUAUUCAUCAACCGCAACCCCGGAGUGCCGUCAGUGGUCAAGUUCCACCCCUUCAACACCUGCAUCGCCGUGGCUGACAAGGACAGCAUCUGCUUUUGGGACUGGGAGAAGGGCGAGAGACUGGACUACUUCUACAACGGAAACCCUCGUUAUACUCGCAUCACAUCCAUGGAGUACCUGAACGGACACGACUGCUCACUGCUGCUCACCGCAACAGAUGAUGGAGCGCUACGGAUCUGGAAGAACUUUGCUGACCAGAAGAAUCCGGAGAUGGUGACGGCGUGGCAGGGUCUCUCCGAUAUGCUGCCCACUACCCGAGGUCUGGCCAGAAGGGUCUCCAUCUAUCUUGACAGGAGUAAGCAAGGAGGUGAGUGUUGCAUUUCCCUUCUAUUCUCCCUCACUACUAAAGCACAUAAUGUAACAGAAGCAACAACGUUACCUUUACAGACCUUAACAAGAGGAUUUGUGUGUGUUCUUGUGUUCGUGCGCCAGGACAUCCCAACAGGAGCGGACAGCUGUGUGACCAGCCUCUCCUGCGACUCCCAGCGUUCGCUGAUCGUUGCCGGUCUGGGCGACGGGUCUGUGCGGGUCUUCGAUCGGAGGAUGGGCCCCAAUGAAUGUCGUGUGAUGACCUACAGGGAGCACGGAGCCUGGGUGGUAAAAGCUCAUCUACAGAAGGAGACAGACGGGCACAUCAUCAGCGUCAGUGUUAACGGAGAUGUGCGGUUCUUUGAGCCACGGAUGCCGGAGUCCAUCAAUGUGCUGCAGACGGUGAAAGGCUUGACGGCUCUAGACAUCCACCCGCAGGCCAACCUGUUCGCCUGUGGAUCAAUGAACCAGUUCAUAGCGGUCUACAACGCAAACGGCGACGUGAUCAGCAACAUUAAGUACUAUGACGGUUUCAUGGGACAAAGGAUUGGUGCCAUCAGCUGUUUAGCCUUCCAUCCUCACUGGCCUCACUUGGCGGUAGGCAGCAACGACUACUACAUGUCCAUCUACUCGGCAGAGAAGAGGCUCAGAUAACACACCAGCAUCCAUCACCUCUCCUCCCCAUCAACACACAUGAAUUGUGACCCUGAGCCUCAAGCACCGGGAUGUAAAUGACGUUCUUUUUUGUUUCUCGUGUACAUAUGCAAUUACCACCCUGAAUGUUCUAGUGAUGGCUGCUGACGAAAACUCAUGCUACAGACGACUCUCUAUAUAUAUAUUAUAUUAUCAUCGUUUAUUCAUAUUCUUAUUAUGAAGCUAAUGAUUGUAGACUUGGCUGUGCUGAGUGUGUAUAUUUAAAUAGCAUCUACAGAAGAAGAGAGGUUCUAUUUUAAAAAAGAAAAAAAAAAAAGUGGUACCUGUCGAUCACCGGGGGCCUCUCCUCGCCACGCAGCGAGCAUCACUACCUGAACAAACUCUGACACAAUCCAGAUGUGGCGAGAGAGGACGGCACGCACACACUGUUAAAACACAUUAACCGGUGCAGGAAACAUGAACUCGCCACGCCACCGAACCCCGGUGCGUGUGCGUAAACUGGAGUUUCGUGACUUCGCAGCACCUGCCGCCAAGACGUUUGGAAAGACGGACCCCGGGAAGGUGGAUUGUGAUUACUGUUCCCUGAAAGCGUCAAGCCGGCAGACGUGACGAGUUUGUUUUGGUGAGCGUUAGAAGGAAUUACAGCACAGAUGUGCCCUGCCCACAGCGGGCUCUCAUAGCCUUGGACUUGCCCAAAAAGACACCUGCUCCCAUUCUGCAGUUCUCCUCCUCGCUUCCUUCGCCCCAGCGUGCCAAACAAAAUCAUCCUUUCCAUGCAGUCCCCUUCGCUGUGGCUCAGAGGGGUGUGCUUUUUUGUUUUGUUUGUUUUAGCUAAACCUGCUUUGUUACUAGGAUGACGCAUGCCCUUGUAUCUAGCACAGUGAGAGGAGAGCUAGCCAAGUACCUGGUCCUACCUGGAGACCGCGGCAGCUUACCUACCUGCCUCUGCAAAGCAAUAAGACUGCUCAUGAUCGAUCCAGCCUCAAGCUCUUCCUGUUUCCCACAGAAAAACACACUUCCAUUCGGAGGGGGUGUUCGGCUGCCACAGUACAGCAAUACAAACGCACACAUUUCCAUUCACGACAGCGAGUUUCCUUUAGACUUCAUCGUACGGCUGUGCCAUCUUUACCUGCUGUCACGGUAAAGAUGGCGGUUUUAUUGGUUUACCUGAGGGUGAAACGAGCCCUCGAAAAACUGCUUUCAUUUUUAUAGUAAAGCUUCUUGUUAAUUUAAACCAAUCAGGCGCAGCUUUGUCUUCACUCAGAUCCUUUUUCUUUGCUGCAGGGUUUCAUUUGAGCUCUUAUUUUGCUUUUAUUGCAGACGUCUUUGGAUUGAUUAUGUGUAACGGAGCGAAAGUGCGCCGCAUGCUUAGAGAGCGCCGACUCACCUGUUGUUGCUCACUGCAUCAGGUUUCAGUCAGCCCCCUAGAUUUCGCUCAGGUAUUUCACGAGCCCCCGUCAGCCCCCUCCUCCCCCUGCAGCAUGAUAGGCAGGUGAGGUCAGUCACAAGCAAGAGAUCAUGAAAACUGACGUCAAUGUGGUGCUCUUUCCUAAAGCUUUUUUUUUUUUUUUGUGCAUUAUCACCAUCGUCGUGCCUCUCCUCUGAGGCAGCUUUGCCUUUUUAAUCUUUUUUUUUGUCCUUUUCUUGUAUUUUUCUAUGUUUUUAAUUCUUCUUUGUUCGCCUUGGCCUCGGGGGGCGGGUGGGGGAGCUUUAGCAUUCAAAGGCUGCUCCCCCCGCUCUUUUCCUGCCACGCCUCCCAUCUGCAUCGCGCCUCCCGAGCUUUUGCUUUCCCCCACAGACGGAGUGGAUUUGUAGACUGAAAGUGAACUGGGAACACCAAACAUACCACACAACGUGCAGUCCGGUCACCACGUCAGUCUCCACCCUCACACGGUCACUGAGCUGGUCCACGCCCUCAGCUCACACUCACAUUCAUCUCUGAGUAUCCUGCUUUGAGUUUUAAGAUUUUAGAGCUGGACAAAAAGUCUUUAGUAGGAAAGGAAAAGUGAAACAAUCAGGUUUGUGUCUGUGACUUCAGACUGCUUUGCUGACUGUGGUUCAUAAAGCAGGAGAUGAAAUCAGUGAAAUAAACCAAAUACAACA